AUUAUAUAAUUUAUUAUAAUAUAUUAUAUAGUCUUUAUAAAGAGAGACAAGCUUUUCCUUUUUCUGUCUUUAUCAGUAAUUAUACUAUUUAAAAAAUCGGUAAUAAUGAAUUUAGAGGUCAAAUGAUCAAUUAUUGCUCACAUUCAACGGAAAACGAAUGCAUGUUAUUUUUAACUCUUUAUAAAACACAUUGAUAUCAUAAAAUGACGCAAAAGAAUUUCAAACUUUUACCGGCCUUUCAUUUCUCAAUAUCAGGCUAUAAAUAAAAAUGUGUUCAACUAUGAAGAAUUAAACUAGUUGAUAUUUUUGAAAAGUUUAAAGGAUUACGAAAUAUUUUAUGUUUCUAAUUCUAAAUAAUUCUGAAUAAAAAAUAAAAAAAAGCAUAUCUAUACACAUAUUUAUACACAUGUUUCAGCUAUUUUUUAAUAAAUUACAAUUUAUUAAAAAUUUAUUUCUAAUGGGUGCAACUGUCUUUGUACAACCAUUAGAUCUAAUUAAAAACAGAAUGCAAUUAAGUGGAAAAAAAACUACAACACUUGCCAUCGCAACUAACAUUCUUAAAAAUGAAGGUUUUCUUGCUUUUUAUAAUGGCUUAUCCGCCGGGUUAUUGAGACAAGCAACAUAUACAACUGUUAGGCUAGGUGUAUAUAAUUGGCUUUUUGAAGCAGCUUCAAAAGAUGGCCAACCAAGGUUUAUUGUAAAAGCAGCUUUAGGAAUGUUUGCUGGUUGUGUAGGUUCAUUUGUAGGUACACCUGCAGAAUUAACAUUAAUACGAAUGACUGCAGAUGGUAGACUACCACCUGAUCAAAGACGUAAUUACAAACAUGUGUUUGAUGCAUUAUUUCGUAUAAUUAAAGAAGAAGGAUUAUUUACAUUAUGGCGAGGAGCAAUCCCAACCAUGGGCCGUGCAAUGGUUGUAAAUGGAGCUCAACUAUCUUCAUACUCUCAAGCAAAACAAAUGUUACUUGAAACAGGUCAUUUUAAAGAAAAUAUCACAUUGCAUUUAUUAUGCUCCAUGUUUGCUGGGAUAAUUACAACCAUUACAUCUAUGCCUGUAGAUAUUGCCAAAACAAGAAUCCAAAAUAUGAAAAUAAUUAAUGGAAAACCAGAAUAUACAGGAGCAUUGGAUGUUUUUAAUAAAAUUAUUCGUCAUGAAGGACCAUUUGCACUUUGGAAAGGUUUCCUUCCAUAUUAUGCACGUUUGGGUCCUCAUACAGUCUUAGUAUUUAUAUUCUUGGAACAAAUGAACAAAGCCUACAGAAAUUAUUUUGCAUGAUUAGGAUUGUUUAUUUAAUGUAUUAUCAUAUGUAAAGAUCAUAGAGAAACACCAAAAAUGAUUUCUUAUAUAUUUAUUUUUAUUGCAUAGAAAAUAACUUACAUACCUUACACAAAAUGUAUGUAUACUAUAAACAUAGAUAAAAUUAUAUGUUUUUAUCUUAUUUCUGUAGGGUUUGUAAAUUAAUGUUUCAAAGAAUUCCAUUAAUACUGAAAUUCAGAUUUAAAUAACAACUAAGCAUAUAACAAUGUUUUUAUAUGCGCACAAUAUUACUCUAUUUUUUAUAGAUAUAUACAUAUUUAUUACGAAUUUGUUUUAUUAAAUAUUCAUUAUUUUGAUUUAGCAUCAUAAUGAAUAUAUUCUAAACAUAAAAUUUAAUUCACACUAAACCACGUUUUGUAAUUUUCUGGCUAUGUACAAUUUAUAAGGCUAAAUGUGAACACAAAAAUUUAUAACAGUUUUUUAUAUUUUUUAAGCGAUAAUAUAUGUCACUGUAUGUUCAAUCAGAGUAACAAUCAAAAUAAGUUACUUGAUCUUUCAUUGUAAUCAAACAAUGAAACUAUACAUUCUUUAAACAUUCUUUACAGGUAAAUGAGUAUGUCUGGUACAACUCUAUAUUAAUAUAUUUGUUAUUUUCUAAUGUUUAUAGUAAAUCUUUGUUUUUAUUUCUGAGAAAUAUCUAUUUUAUAUUUUAUUAUAGUUUUCUUUUAA